UAUUGCUAAUGAAAUUACCGACUGGAGCAACUUAAGAGGUUUUGUUUCAGAGAUCUCGCAGACAUGUAGUGAAAUGCUGAUCAGCUGCAAAUACGGUGGAGUUAAGUACAAAUGUACUGAAAUUUACCAGCCCGUUAUAACCAACAGCGGUUCAUGUUGUGCUUUUAAUAUGGUUCAUGGAAAGUUCUUGUUCAGAAGAAACUCAGAGUGUGCUAACUGCACAGCUCAAACACCGAAGGGCACUGAGCACGUUGAAUGGAGUCCAGAGAACGGUUACCAGAAAAAUUUGCCUCGAAGUUAUAGUCCUAUGCCUGCAAUUGGCACGGGCGAAACAUUGGGCUUGUCCGUAACACUGGAUGUGCAAGCUGAUAAUUAUUACUGUUCAUCUGCGAGUAGCGUUGGUUUCAAGAUACUAUUACAUAAUCCUCUUGAGGUGCCUAACAUGCGGGAAAUCGGUUUGCCACUGACGCCCGGUCGUGAGACAAAAGUCCGAAUAAGAGCUGUUAAAACCGAUUCGGAACAGGGCUUGCGUUCAAUGAGUAAAAUGUCGCGGAGAUGUCUCUUCGCCGAUGAAAAACCUUUAGAGUACUAUAGAUUUUAUACACAACGCAAUUGUGAGGUGGAGUGUUUGGCGAAAAUGCUGUUGAAAUAUUGUGGUUGCGUAACACAUUUUGUGCCCUUAUUUUUGGAGAACCAAAACCAAUGUGGUAUUUACGAGAUGUCCUGCGUGAUGCGUAUACACCUGCAAUCGAUGGUUACAAAUAAUGGCAAGGGUUGUCCCGAAGUCUGCCUGCGCGGUUGCUAUGAUUUGACUUACCUACCGGAUUUCUUCACAAUACCGUUAUCACAUUCAGGAUUUCAAGUCAUUAACCAAGGCAUUAAGAAUAUGAGUAGUGCCUACGUAGAGAAAAAUGUUGCAGUAGUAAAUAUUUACUUCAAGGAUGUCGCGUACAGAAGCAGCAAACAGGCGGAAUAUAUUGGAAUAACGGAUUUUUUAUCAAAUAUUGGUGGAAUCCUUGGACUAUUCUUUGGCUUUAGUUUCAUGUUCUUAGCGGAAUUCAUAUUCUAUUUUCUUUUGAAGCCGAUUCGGGUGCUGAUUGUUAAAUCUUGGUCAAAACGAGACAUAAAAAAAGGGAUUUCCAAAAAGUUGAGGCCAUUUGAAAAACUUUCGAAACCAUCCAACCAACUGAAUUCAAGUGAACAGAUAGAAGCUGUUGAUAGUUAUUUAAAAGGUAAAAACCACACAGAUAUUUUUCAUUCGAAAGGAGAGGGUCUGCCACAAAAACCUAAUAUCCCAUGGCAACUUGGUAUGGAAUAUACACCUUAAAAAUUUUUAAAAUUUAUGUUUAAUGUAUUUUUAAUAUGUAUUUAUUAAACAAAAUUAUAU